AUGAACAAGCUGCCACCAGAACUCUAUCUUGAGAUCGCGUCCAUAUUUGAGACAGCAGUACCAUACGACCCUCCCCGCUCAGCAUACCCACCAACACGAACAAGUUAUUAUAAACUCAUCCAACAGUGGUUUAACAAGAAGCCGAGACCCGACGUGAAGAACCUGCGCAACCUCCGCCUGGUUUCGAAGGCUUUCAAUGCUGCUGCCACAGUGGUACUGUUUCGCUCUACCAGCGCGAGGUGGUGGCUCGGCGCUGCUUGUCUAAGGGGCCAACUGAACGCGUCAAUCCAGAACUCAAUCCUGUCUCCUGCGAGUCCUCUCCCAAAUAAGAUCAAGUAUCUCGACAUUGAUUUUCGCCAUACCGGUUUGAGGUUGCUUGAUUACCCGCCGACGAAUCCUCGAUCCCCAGCUCAUGCAGAAUCGAGGGAGCUCAUCUACCAGCUUUCAAACGUAUUGUCCUCGAUUCCUGACUUGAGGUCCUUGAGUAUCUCAACAGGGACGUGGACCAGCCACAUGGAGCCCGUAUUCUACGACAGUGACGACGACGUGGACAUUCCUGCGGAGCCUUACGCCGAAGACGUGGACAUACUCGCAGUUUCAGCUUUGAUGGGACAAAUAUCCUUAGCUUUCAGUGCAAUGACAUAUCCCCACUUGACAGAGCUGUGGUUGUCUCUUCCAUGCACGCAUGACUUCUCAAUGUUGGGAAAGUCUUUACCAUUAUUCGAGCAACUGAAAUCCCUAUUCCUCUUAGUAGCGGAUGAAACGGGACCGGGAGGCUCGCUGCCGGUCACCGGAGAGCCAAGCCGAUUCAGCGAUGAGGAUGAUGACAUGCCUUCAUCAAAUCUUCAACAACAAUAUCCGAACAAGGAUUAUGCCGCGGCCAUGUUUGAAGUUGUAUCUCGCUGCACAAAUUUAGAGAUAUUGGGACUGAAAUGUACUCACAAACUGGACGACGAUCUCUUGUCAUUGAACACUUCACGACUUCGGUGUCUUUCGCUUCAUCGUAUGACCAUUAGCGCUUCCAAGCUCAUUGAGCUACUUCCGCCCUCGACUAUAGCCAGACUCUGGUUUGAAAGUAUUGAACUCACGUCGGGCACGUGGGCCGAUGUCUUCGGCCAUCUUCAGAACUGCGAGAAAGUCGAGUACAUCAAUCCCUCCAACUGUUCAUAUACUAGGGAUGGCUCAUCCUCCCAUUUGAUACUUUGGGCAAGAGGACCGUGGAAGGAUUCAGAGAAUGUCUGGAGUACCCAUCGCCCAGAUCAAAGCUCCCUGGUGGGCCUAGUUGAAGGGAUUAUCGACAAGUGGGGAGGCAGAGAGAACUAUCCCAGCCUAGACAUGGAGCAGAGCAUGUUGCCGUCGGAAUCUACAGACAGCUCUGAGGACAGCGAGGACAGCGAGGACAGCGAGGAAAGCGAGGAUAGCGAUGAUAGCGAUGAUAGCGAGGAUAGUGAGAAUAGUGAGGACAGUGAGGACAGUGAGGAUAGCGAUGAUAGCGAGGACAGCGAGGAUAGCGAGAAUAGUAAGGAUAGUGAGGACAGCGAGUAGAGUGGCGAGAGUUCGUG